AUGGAGACUACUAAACGCUGGGGUGGGGUGGUGUUCGAGUCACCCCAGGACAACACUGAUCGACAUAAUUUUCGACACAUUUCUCGACAAAGACUGGGUGUGGUAAACGAAAACCUGCGUUUGCUCCUAGAAACCGGUAACUUGGCCCUCAAACUGAGUGUACCGAAGAAGAUUCUCAAGCCAAUGGCCAUUUUGCUAUUGAUGAAAGACCGGGAAUGGAUGCGAAAAGCAGACUAUCUGAUCAUCAAUGCUGGAGCUGGACAGUCCACAGCCAUUGGACUUGAUUACACCUUUGAAACCUUUUUGAGAACUAUUUCCCUUCCUUCCUCCGACUGGGCUAGGGCGGCUCGAUGA